AUGGCUGCGCGGCAAAUCGAGGCAUACCGACGCGAUGAGCGUAUGGGCCACAAGUUGCUGACACCCGAGGAGAGGUUAGAUUUAUUCAAGCCUUUCCUCCCAGCACCACGGAACGAGCCGGACGCACCGACAGCAAGAGACGGUUCAAAAGCCAAUCCGAGCUUCCGACGUUUCCUCCGGCGCCAAUACCACAUCUUCGUCUUCUUCUUGAUGCACAUUUUCUUUUCCCUCUAUAUCCGCUUCCGACAAGCCUACCAUGCGGUCGCGGACCGGAUACAACUAGUGUAUUACCACCACCACCGAACACCCGAGCUUAUACAGCACGACGUCAAGGGUCUCCGCCGGCUACCCAAACAUCUCAGUGUCAUUCUUACACUUGAAGACCAACGACGGACCGGGGCGGCCCUGGAGAAGUUGAUCAAUGAGGUGACCAAUGUGGCGGCAUGGGCCGCGAGCGCGGGGAUUCCGCAGCUUUCAAUAUACGAAAAGACGGGUAUUCUUAAGGGUUACCUCAAGGAGACUCACCAGGCUGUUUCCCAAGAAAUGCACGCUUACUUUGGAUCAAAUUACCCAUCUGUGACUCUCAGCGCGCCACACAUGCCCGCUAUUGAGACAACCUUCUUUCCCAAGGGAACAAACCGCAACGGCGGCCACAGCAGCAGCAGCAGCAGCGACGAAGACGAGGAACCAAGAAAGCACAUCAACAUCAUUCUCAUUUCGGUUGAGGACGGGCGGGACUCGAUCGUCGACCUGACCAAGACAUUGGCGGAGAUGUCGCAGCGCAAAAAGCUCAACACGGCCGACAUCACCCAGGAACUGGUGGAUGCCGAACUGAGCGAGAGUGUCAUGUCCGAGCCCGACCUGCUCAUUCUCUUCAGCCCCCACGUCGAGCUGGCGGGGUAUCCCCCAUGGCAGAUCCGGCUAACGGAGAUCUUCCACGUUCGGGACAGCCAGGGCGUUGGGUACCAGGUGUUCUAUCGGGGGCUGCGCAGCUUUGCGGAGGCGCAGAUGCCCUUCUCAAAAAACCACCGUUGGAGUCUUAACACGAGACAGACCAUGAGCAGUCCGGCAAAAGACUACCAGGUUGAAGGGGAUAUGGUUGUCAUCCCGUGUCCCGUUGUGCGCACCGGCACCGCGGCCCUCAACCGCGCCCUCUUCACCAAAACCAUCGGUGUUGCGGCCGCUGCUCUAGAGCACAACAAGUUCAUCGCCAAGUACAGGAAGUCCCUAGAGCAUGGCAAAGAAAUUUUGAGCGUGGCGAGGGUAUCCCCUAUCCGGCCUCAUCCAGAUGUCUCGCUUGCUAGCCAGGGGCGCAAGUGUCUGCUUUUAGAGCCGGGAGUGAAGCCUUCAGACCCCAGCACCUGGGGUCCGGUACUCAAAACUGGUGUAGAGAAUCAGGAGCUGACGGUCAUUCCUUAUGAGGUGCAAUUUGACUAUGACUAUUGGACUUACAGGGACGUCAUGGCCUCAGUUUUACCCGAGGAACUCCACGAUGAAAUUCCCACCGGUUUUAACAUUGCCGGCCAUGUGGCCCACCUAAACCUCCGUGACAAUUACCUCCCAUACAAAUACCUCGCGGCAGAGAUCAUUCUCGACAAAAACCCGCAGAUCAAGACAGUAAUCAACAAGGUCGAUAAUGUCGGCUCCGAAUCCGAGUUCCGGACCUUCCAGUACGAGGUUUUGGCCGGACCAGAUGACCUCAACGUGCGUGUCAGCGAGAGUGACUGUAUUUUUGAGUUUGACUACUCCAAGGUCUACUGGAACAGCAAGCUAGAGGCGGAACAUGCCCGUCUUAUUGACUUGUUUCGUCCUGGCGAGGUUGUAUGCGAUGUCAUGGCUGGCAUUGGACCAUUUGCCGUGCCCGCGGGUAAGAAGCGGGUUUUUGUAUGGGCCAACGACAAGAAUCCCGAAAGUGCAAAGUAUCUCCAAGCUGCCAUUACUAAGAACAAGGUAUCGCCAUUCGUACGCCCCUUCUGCGAAGAUGGACAUGCCUUCAUUCACCAAGCGGCCGACUCAGUGUUUGAAGCUUCCCAGAAUGGCGAGUGUGCCGUCCUGCCACCAAAGAGGAAGAAGAGAACCCCUCCUACUCCCACCCCCGCGGACGCUUCCUCGGGCGCAAAAGAGCCAACUCAGACACAACAGCCCGCUCCAGAACCAGAACCAGGACGUAUUCCCAUCCCUCCAACAAUUUCUCACUUCGUUAUGAACCUACCCGCCUCUGCCAUCGAGUUUCUAUCCAACUACCGCGGCAUCUAUGCCGGCCGCGAACACCUCUUUGCCCCAGCCCAAGCUAAGGGGGAAACUCCGGAAACCCAACUACCUCGGCUUCCCAUCGUGCAUGCGCACUGCUUCUCCUUCAAAGCCACCGACGAGACACCAACGCGCGACGUCUGUGAACGUGUCUCGAAAGAGCUGGGGUACCCCGUGCGGCCUGCGCCUGCAUCUUUUGAGAAUAUCGAGGAGCUGGAGGAGGGUGUAGUGAAGGUGUAUUAUGUCAGGGAUGUUGCGCCUGCAAAGAGUAUGUACUGUGCAAGCUUCCGGUUGCCGCGGGAAGUAGCCUUCGCUCCGAGAGGUUAG